CAUAUCUAUCUUUCAUUUCAAUCUUCUGUUUUACUGUACUCUUCCCUCUUCUUUGAGGGGUUUUUUUUUUUUUUUUUUUUUUUUCAAUUUUUUCAAUCUAAAGUUUGUAUUUUAUUUUUGUUGAAGAUGAUGCAACAACAAAGGCUGAGACAACAGCAAGGAUUGAUGCAACAAUCCCUUUAUCAUCCUGGCCAUAUAGCAUCCCCUCAGAUAGAGCCCAUCUUGAGUGGAAAUCUGCCUCCUGGGUUUGAUUCAAGUACUUGCAGGAGUGUGUAUGUUGGAAACAUCAGUUCUCAAGUCACGGAACAACUUCUUCAAGAGGUUUUCUCAAGUACCGGUCCCCUUGAGGGAUGCAAGUUUAUACAGAAGGACAAGUCGUCCUAUGGGUUUGUGGAUUAUUUUGAUCGCCAAUCAGCUGCGCUUGCUAUUGUGAGCCUCAAUGGAAGGCAAUUGUUUGGACAGUGUAUAAAAGUUAACUGGGCUUAUGCCAGUGCUAAAAGAGAGGACACAUCAAAUCAUUUCAACAUAUUUGUGGGUGAUCUUAGUCCGGAGGUUACAGAUGCCACAUUGUUUGCGUGCUUUUCAGUAUACCCUAGCUGCUCAGAUGCAAGAGUGAUGUGGGAUCAGAAAAUAGGCCGGUCUAGAGGGUUUGGGUUUGUUUCCUUUCGUGAUCAGCAGGAAGCCCAAAGUGCAAUAAAUGACUUGAAUGGCAAGUGGCUUGGAAGCAGACAAAUCCGCUGCAACUGGGCAGCAAGAGGUGCUGGAGCCGGUGAUGACAUCCGGGGUUCAGACGCUAGAGGUGCUGUUGAAUUGACAACUGGAACAUCAGAUGAUGGUCAACAGAAGGCCAACGAAGAUGCACCAGAAAAUAAUCCGCAGUACACAACUGUAUAUGUUGGCAACCUUGCUCCUGAUGUCACUACCAUUGACCUCCAUCGUUAUUUUCAUGCUCUUGGAGCUGGUGUCAUUGCUGAUGUCCGUAUUCAGCGAGACAGAGGUUUCGGUUUUGUAAGAUACAGCAAUCAUACUGAAGCAGCUCGAGCAAUUCAAUUGGGAAAUGCUCGAAUCCUCUUUGGUAAACCCAUUAAGUGCUCAUGGGGAAGCAAGCCUACUCCACCAGGAAGCAGCACUAACCCUCUACCACCUCCUGCUAUCGGACAACUCCCUGGUAUUUCAGCCAUGGGUCUUGCGAUGUACGAGAGGCAGGUUGCUUUGGCUAGGAUGACUGGUAUGCAGACUCUCAUGCAACCCCAGGGACAGCGAAUUGGCGCUGCUAGUCAGGUUCUGUAUGAUGGUGGCACUGCUUCGCCGCAGCUACCGAUGUACUACUAGUUGUUGAUUCAAUAAAACAACUUGUAAACACCUGUUGUUGCUACCUUCUCUGUGCUAUUUUAAGUGAUAGAAUCUUUCUCUUUUCCUAUCAAUUGUUAGUUUUCUUCAGCUACCUUUAAUGCCAUCAAACAGAAUGUAUUAGAUAUGUAGUUUGUAUUCUGUUUGAGAAUGAAAGUUAUAAUAUCUCUUUGGAAAUACAAUCACUUCAUUGGAUUA